UUUAUAGCAACCGUUGCUCUGCGCUGCAGCGCCAUAGUCACCGUAGUCCUGGCGACUGUAACCCACCAACAAUAACAACAACAACCACCUCCUCUCCGCUCCAUCCUUACCAGCGCCUUCCUCCCAUCCUCAUCCUCACACUUGUCCAGGCGCCAUGCAGACCCCAGAGGCAGGCGCUGACUCCGCGUCCACCGUACCCCUUCAGACCAGCGUGCCUGUGCAGCCUGCGGUCAGUGCGCAGCAGGUGGCAUCUCAGGUGCCCGUCCAGCAACAGGCGCAGACUGUUCAACAGGUCCAGCAUGUGUACCAAGCACAGGUGCAAUAUGUUCAGGAGGAAAACAGCGGCGUUUACACUAACGGAACCAUACGGACAUAUUCAUACUCGGAACCGCAGCUGUACAACCAGAACAGCGGCGGGAACUACUUUGAUACGCAAGGCAGCUCGGCUCAGGUGAGCACUGUGGUGACGACUCACAGUAUGGACAACGGCAACGGGAACGGCGGUCUGGCCAUGGGCCUAUCUGGAGGCCAAAUCAUCAGCAGCUCAGGAGCUUAUCUGAUUGGAGGAAACUCCAUGGAUGGCUCCACCCCUCACACUCAGACAACUAGAGCCUCCCCCGCCACGAUUGAAAUGGCGAUUGAGACGCUCCAAAAGUCUGAAGGUUUAUCCAGUCAGAGAAGUUCGCUGCUCAACAGCCAUCUUCAGUGGCUGCUGGAUAAUUACGAGACAGCAGAGGGCGUGAGUCUGCCCCGCUCCACCCUCUACAGUCACUACCUGCGCCACUGUCAGGAGCAGAAACUGGACCCUGUCAAUGCUGCGUCUUUCGGGAAACUCAUCCGCUCCAUCUUCAUGGGGUUGCGCACCCGCCGCUUGGGCACCCGAGGGAACUCUAAGUACCACUAUUACGGGAUCCGUGUGAAGCCGGACUCUCCUCUGAACCGGUUACAGGAGGACAUGCAGUACAUGGCACUGAGACAGCAGCCCGUCCAACAGAAGCACAGAUUCAAGCCAGUGCACAAGAUGGAUGGUGUUUCAGUGGAGAGCUUUUCCAGUUGUGGUCAGCACACGCCCAACAUUGCAGAGCAGACGUUCAUCGCUCAAAGCCAGCAACAUCAGCAGUUCUUGGAUGCCUCCAGAGCUCUGCCAGAGUUUGUUGAACUUGACCUCGGAGAGUCUGUGGAAGGUGUCGGCCCAGAGGACGUCAAAGCCCUUCAGACACUGUACAAAGAACACUGCGAGGCCAUUUUGGACGUGGUAAUAAACCUUCAGUUCAAUCUGAUUGAGAACUUGUGGCAGACUUUCUGGCGCUAUUCUACCUCCAACUCUGUAGAGAGUGUCACCAUCACAGAAAACAGUGGGAUGAGCGAGAUCGAGGGCCGUCUGCCACAGGCCAGACUAGUUCUGCUCUGCCAGAAUGAGGCGGUGCUGAAGUGGAUGAACACCUGUGAUCACCUGAUGUAUCAGGCCCUCGUGGAGAUCCUCAUCCCUGACGUUCUGAGACCCAUUCCUAGUGCCUUGACUCAAGCCAUCCGUAAUUUUGCCAAAAGCCUUGAGGGCUGGCUCACCAACGCCAUGAGCAGCAUUCCCCAGAGGAUGAUCCAGACCAAGGUUGCCGCUGUUAGUGCCUUUGCUCAGACCCUCCGCAGAUACACGUCUCUGAAUCAUCUGGCGCAAGCAGCUCGUGCAGUCCUGCAGAACACCUCCCAGAUCAACCAGAUGCUCAGUGAUCUCAACCGCGUUGACUUUGCCAAUGUGCAGGAGCAGGCCUCGUGGGUGUGCCAGUGUGAAGAGGGGGUUGUCCAGCGUCUCGAGCAGGAUUUCAAGGCCACCCUCCAGCAGCAGAGCUCGUUGGAACAGUGGGCAGCUUGGCUGGACAAUGUGGUCUCUCAAGUUCUCAAACCGUAUGAGGAUAAACCAAGCCUCCCCAAAGCUGCACGCCAGUUCCUGCUCAAGUGGUCUUUCUACAGCUCUAUGGUCAUCAGAGAUUUGACCCUUCGGAGCGCUGCAAGUUUUGGCUCUUUCCACUUGAUCCGGCUGCUGUAUGAUGAGUAUAUGUUCUACCUGGUUGAACACCGUGUCGCCCAGGCAACGGGAGAGACGCCCAUUGGAGUUAUGGGAGAGUUUCAGGACCUGAAUACCAUGUCACCUGCCAACAUUGACAAAGACGAGGUGAGCGAGAUGGACAGCGAUCUGGAUGAGGAAAUAGAGGAGUCCGACGAGCCGCUCGCCAAGCGGGAGAAGGCGGAGAUGGAGGUGAUCCAGGUGCUGCAGGUGGGAGCGAUGGAGGAUGGUAGCAGCGCGGUGGUGGGCGUGGUUCAGCCCAAUAUGCUCGGCUCUUUGCCCCACACUCCUGGAAAUCACAGCGAACACAUCCUCAGCUCGACCGGAACCAGCACUAUCCGCCACUGCGGCAGCGUGGGAAACACAUACGCCUCGGUGUGAGGCCAUCCGCUUCUCUCUUUUCCUCUUUCUGUGCUAUCUGUCUCUCACUACCAUCUCUCUGUGUGUCUCAGAGACAUCCCAUCUUAUCCACCAGGACGAUAGCACCGUGGUUUACAUCACAGAGACAGGAUGAUGAUGCAUAGCUGCUUUCUGUUCAAGCCCUACAGUGGGGUCAUCUGCAAAGUUCCGAUGAACAUAUCCUGAAGUAAAUCAACUUUAGGAUGUGACGAGAUGUUGAUUGUAAAGUUGAACGCCCUGAUGUUAAUAGGAAACUCUUUUUUUUUUUUUUGGAUGACCCAGAACUCAAAUGGCCACUGGUUCCCCAAGGGAAACUUACACAUUGAUUGAUUCUGGAAAAUACCAUUUGCCUAGUUAUAAAUAUCACUUCUUUAUUGUAUAAUUGUACUGGUCAUUGUUUACAGUUUUGUUUAGAACACGUAAUUGGCCAAAUGUUGCUUGCUGUUGAACUGUUUGCUGUUUGGUUAGGGAGUGGAAAGUCUCGCUGUGUAACUGUGCUGCUAUAAUCGAAGCAGGCUAGACAACCGUACUGAACAUAAUGAGCUUGCCUUUUCACCUUCUGUACUUCUGCAGUCUAAGUGUUUCCAAUUGCCUUCUUUUGGUAGAUUUAGUUGUUUGGUAGCUUAAAGGAGUUUUUUUGUCAUUGUACAUAUAUGCUGCAUGUACGAACUGCAUUUUCGGUCUUGGAAACUAUUUUCUUUUUUUACGAUUGGACCAAAAACACAGGAGUGAGAAACAACUGGCUGUCCUGGGCCAUUUCGAAGCUUUGUUGCCUCUCACACCUGUGCGAUAUUGCAGAACAGAGUGAAUGUCAGGGAUUUUAUGUACCUCGGGUUCAUCUUAGUGCCUUAAGCCAAACAACAGCUUUUCAUUUCACAGGUGAUGCAAGAAGGUCAUUCUGUUUGUACUGAAAACCACACCACCAGAGAAUAUUCAUAAUCCCGCGUAGACAUCUGGCACCAGAUGUAUCGCGGUGGACAUGUGGCUGGAUUUGUGGUCUGAUAUCAAUGGUGGCUACCGUCUGAGCGCUUGCAUUAAAAUUCAAGAUUGUGGUUUCGUUUGCGCUAUAACGUGCAUCUGUUGCUGAAUUACUGCUCCCUAUCCACCGUCAAGGCCUGUUCCUGUCCUGCGCCUCUUCAGUUAGGUGAAGGCUGUGUGUAUGUUUGUGUGUGUACGAGAGCUUGAAUUUGGCCGAGGUGUUUGUCGUUUGAUUGUGUGUGUACCUUGUCACCCUACCUCACACCGGCACUGCCGGUCUUUGACACAAAAAGUCCCGAUGUCUGGAAUUGUGUCUUGUUUUUUGCUAGCCCUGAUCACGUUCUGAAGUUGUCAUAUGACUCUACUUAUUUCAAUUCCCAUUGGCUGUUUCCCCCUCCCAACCACAAAAGUGAAUAUUUGCACGUUGGACCAAAAGUUGAUAUGCUAGGACUUAAAGGAAUAUUCCGGGUUCAAUACAAGUUCAAUCUACAGCAUUUGUGGCAUAAUGUUGAUUACCAAAAAAAAAGCAAAAAUCUGGGUUACAUGGCUGAAACCGUUGUGCAAGAUGACAACUAAAAAAAGUGAGUAAAAGAUAUUAUAUCCAUGUUUUGAAUCACAAUACACUGGUGGCCAAAAAGUUUGGAAUAAUGUACAGAUUUUGCAGUUUCGGAAGAAAAUUGGUGCUUUAAUUCACCAAAGUGGCAUUCAGCUGAUCACAAAGUAUAGUCAGGACAUUACUGAUGUAACAGCACCAUCACUAUUUGAAAAAAGUCAUUUUUGAUCAAAUCUAGACAGCAGCCGUCACUCCAUCACCUUAUCCUUGAGUAAUCAUGCUAAAUUGAUCAUUUGGUACUAGAAUAUCACUUGCCAUUAUAUCAAUCACUGCUGAAAGAUAUUUGGUUCAUUAAAUGAAGCUUAACAUUGUCUUUGUGUUUGUUUUUGAGUUGCCACAGUAUGCAAUAGACUGGCAUGUCUUAAGGUCAAUAUUAGGACAAAAAUGGCACAAAAGAAACAGCUUUCUCUAGAAACUCAUCAGUCAAUCAUUGUUUUGAGGAAUGAAGGUUAUACAAUGCUUGAAACUGCCAAAAAACUGAAGAUGUGUACACUACAUUCUUCAAAGACAAAGGACAACUGGCUCUAACAAGGACAGAAAGAGAUGUGGAAGACCAGAUGUACAACUAAACAAGAGGAUAAGUACAUCAGAGUCUCUAGUUUGAGAAAUAGACGCCUCACAUGUCCUCAGCUGACAGCUUCAUUGAAUUCUACCCGCUCAACACCAGUUUCAUGUACAACAGUAAAGAGAAGACUCAGGGGUGCAGGCCUUAUGGGAAGAAUUGCAAAGAAAAAGACACUUUUGAAACAGAAAAACAAAAAGAAAAGGUUGGAGUGGGCAAAGAAACACAGACAUUGGACAACAGAUAAUUGGAAAAGAGUGUUCUGGAUCUUAACCCCAUUGAGCUUUUGUGGGAUCAGCUAGACUGUAAGGUGCGUGAGAAGUGCCCGACAAGACAGACACAUCUAUGACAAGUGCUACAGGAAGUGUGGGGUGAAAUGUCACCACAAUCUUCUGAAAAUGGAUUUGGUCAAUGUUUAGAAGUACACUAGCUUAUACCGUAUAUAGAUAUGGACUAAAAGCAGCAUAACUUUAAUUUUGAUUUCACAAAGUCCCCAUUGACUUCCAUUGUAAGUGUCUCACUGUAACUCAGAUUUUUGCUUUUUUUUUAAAGAAUCAGAGGGACGUGGUGAUCAACAUUAUGCCGCAAAUGCUGUCGAUCAAGCUUAACUUGUAUUGAACCCGGAAUAUUCCUUUAAAUAUCUUUAUAGAUAUAGAAAUAUGGCAAUGAAAAUAAUUCAUGCAUUUGUCCUGUAUAUAGCUUACAGUCAGGGGUGGAGAUUCAUUUGGUAAUAGAUAGCUUGUUGUUUGUUUUGCUUUUUAAUAAUUGUGAAACGGGGAUGAGGAGGUUAACUCUGUGGAUUGGAGAUAACAGCACCCACUAGUUUAUGGAUAAAAUCGGUUAUUUGGUUUCACUCUGGUAGGAAGUGCUGACUACCUUCUAGACCUUUUUUUUGUUGUUGUUGUUGUUGUUGUUGUUGUACUUGACCCUAUAUUGACUGCUCUCUUAUUAUGGAAAACACUGGAAAAUUGUAGUUAGAAACAGUAUUGCAUAAUUGUCUUUACUACUGACAUUUAUGACAUUUAUUUAAAACCUUUUUUGUUUGUUUUCCCAAUUCCAAUGUGCGCAGAGGCUGUUUGAUGUAUGUUUUAUUCAUCUUUUUUUUUUUUUUUUUUACUGAAAAUGUAUAAUCGUAAUUUUUAUGUGAGGGGAAAUUGAGAGAUAUGAAUCUGUCCAUUAAAAUAUCUCCAUUGAUGAUUUUGAAAUAAUAGGGAUAGAACUUUAAAAGGAAACCCCAUCCUGAUCAUUGCUGAGAGAUUGUCCGAGACAUCCGUGUCCUUGUAACUGAUCAUCAUGAUUGAUUAUAUUUAAGUGUGCAAUCUGUGAGACGUACUGGAACAUGUUUAAUGACCAGUUACUAAAGAUGUCCUACAGCUGAAGAAUUGCAAGAUUAUGUGAUUGACCUGUAAUUGUUUUGUCACUCCCACCUAGAUUUGAGUUGACUGCGUUUUAGAGGUUUUCAGGUGGGUUUCCUACAGAAGAACUUGUGUGUUUUAUUUUUUUCUUCUUUCUUUGAUUUUUCGUGCCUGAACUACAGACAGCUCUUCACUAUUGGAUGGUUUGUUAGAUGUCUUGAUCUCGUGUGAUGACACCUACUCAAAGUGCUUUUGGUCUUGCAUGCCUUUUCUUGUGCUGCUAGAAUAUCAUGAUUUUUCUCCUCCGUUUCUUUUGGACAACAUGCCAGUGAGUAUAGAAGAGUUCAGUGUGUUCAUUUUAAACCACAUGCCUGUUUCUAAUCUCAAACUUUGCCAAAAUACAGUUAAAAAUUCAUCUUUUGAUUUGACAAGCCUUGCUCAAUCAUGUGGGGACACCUGUAGUUGUAUGUUGUACCAAGACACUACAUUUGGCUCGGCCAUUUUUAAAUUGAACCUUCGCAACCUUACUCUGGAUAUCAAUGCAAACUUGCCCUUCUUCUGAUAUCAGCAUAUCAACCCCUAAGACUGCAGAGGAGCGUGAAGGCAGCUUCACUGACAAAAGUCUUCAGUGCCUUUGAUUUCACUACGACCUCCAGAACCAGAACAAGCCAACGGACAGACGGAGCUUCAGAGUCUCCUAAAGCCGCCACACUCACCUAUGACACAUAUGCACAGACCCGUUUAAAGGCACCCAAACUUCAAACUGCUGAUGAAGUGAUGACAUGAACAGAACUGUAUUGGGAUUUCGCCAAUAAAAGCACUGCACUAUCAUUGUCAUCAUGAUUUAUUUCCGUUCUAUUGUACGUAGAGUGACAUGCUUGAUUUUUAUGUUGCCUUUUUUUGGGGGGGGGGUUGCUUUUGGAAUAUUUUAAGUGCCAUUUGACGGUUUACGUAGUGAGUCGUGGCCUGCUGUAGCGCGUUCAAAUGCAAGCACAAGCAUCGUGGUACUCUUGGGGAAAACUCUCAGAACUGAAGUCCUAGAUGUAAAUAUUGAGAUAAAAUGGAAGGAUAUUUAUUUUCAGUCCCUUUGAGCAGUUUAUUGACAGAUUUGUUUGAAAGUGUAUAUUGUGAUGAUUUUUCUUUUCCCACCCCCCUCCCCACCCCUUUAUCGUUUUGGAUGAUGUACCUUUACAUAUACAGUACAUAUGUAUUUUUUUUCCCUCUUUUUGUGUGUUGUUCCAAUUUACCUCUUAGUAAAUUAUAUCCUCUGAAAAUUGGUAAAAGCUAACUAAUAAGUGUAGAGUGAUUUGUAUUGUGUAUUUUACAUGAAGGAUAACAAAACCGGGGAACUUUUAUAUUUAUAAGAUUAUAUAUUAACAUUUAGUGUGUCAACAUGAGGAAAAUAUAGAAAUUAUCCAGGACACAUGUAGUUUGUUUUUUCUGAAUAUUUCAGACUUGAGCUCAGGCUAGCUUAUUAGUGUUGUUUUCUUAAAUUUGUGGCUUGUCUUUCAAUUAAUAAACCUUUUUCUUGUUGAAACAAGA